CCUCCUGCCCUUCGCCGCCCCACGCGGGGCACCGGCCCGCCCUCCCUGCCGGGCCGGUCCCGGGCGAUGUAAUGCUGCCCGACUGCCGCCGGGGACACCGAGACACAGGGAGCGCUUGGGCCGCGCCGGGGCCGCCCGGCCGCAGCUGAGUUCCUCCUGGCCACCCGCCUCUCCUAGGUGACCCGAAGGGAGCGUUUUCCCGGAGCCUCGCCCCCCCGGGGGCAUGGGCGCAGCCCAGCCAGAUGGACGAGAAGACCAAGCAAGCAGAGGAGGUGGCCCUGCGGCUUACCCGGGCAGUCGCCGGCGGGGAUGAGCAGGUGGCUAUGCAGUGUGCCAUCUGGCUGGCUGAGCAGAGAGUGCCCCUGAGUGUGCAGCUGAAGCCUGAGGUCUCCCCGACGCGGGACAUCAGGCUGUGGGUGAGCGUGGAGGACGCGCAGCUGCACACUGUCACCAUCUGGCUCACGGUGCGCCCUGACAUGACGGUGUCCUCCCUCAAGGACAUGGUCUUCCUGGACUACGGCUUCCCGCCAACCCUGCAGCAGUGGGUGAUCGGGCAGCGGCUGGCUCGCGACCAGGAGACCCUGCACUCCCACGGCGUGCGGCGGAAUGGGGACAGUGCUUACCUCUAUCUGCUGUCGGCCCGCAACACCUCCCUCAGCCCCCAGGAGCUGCAGCGGGAGCGGCAGCUGCGAAUGCUGGAGGAUCUGGGCUUCAAGGACCUCACUCUGCAGCCACGGGGUCCCCUGGAGCCAGCACCCCCAAAGCCUGGGGCCCCUCAGGAGCCGGGCCAGGCACCGUCAGAUGGGGAGCCUGAGCCCCCACCGGUGGGCUGGCAGUGCCCAGGGUGCACCUUCAUCAAUAAGCCCACGCGGCCUGGCUGUGAGAUGUGCUGCCGGGCGCGGCCUGAGGCCUACCAGGUUCCCACCUCGUACCAGCCUGAUGAGGAAGAGCGGGCGCGCCUGGCCGGCGAGGAGGAGGCACUGCGCCAGUACCAGCAGCGGAAGCAGCAGCAGCAGGAGGGAAACUACCUGCAGCACGUCCAGCUGGAACAGAGGAGCCUGGUGCUGAACACCGAGCCCGCCGAGUGCCCCGUGUGCUACUCGGCGCUGGGGCCCGGUGAGGCAGUGGUGCUGCGGGAGUGUCUGCACACCUUCUGCAGGGAGUGCCUGCAGGGCACCAUCCGCAGCAGCCAGGAGGCGGAGGUCUCCUGCCCCUUCAUUGACAACACCUACUCGUGCUCGGGCAAGCUGCUGGAGAGGGAGAUCCGGGCGCUCCUGAGCCCAGAGGAGUACCAGCGGUUUCUAGACCUGGGCGUCUCCAUCGCUGAAAACCGCAGUGCCUUCAGCUACCACUGCAAGACCCCAGACUGCAAGGGAUGGUGCUUCUUUGAGGAUGAUGUCAAUGUGUUCACCUGUCCCGUGUGUUUCCACGUCAACUGCCUGGUCUGCAAGGCCAUCCACGAGCAGAUGAACUGCAAGGAGUAUCAGGAGGACCUGGCCCUGCGGGCUCAGAACGACAUGGCUGCCCGGCAGACGACAGAGAUGCUGAAGCUGAUGCUGCGGCAGGGUGAGGCCAUGCACUGCCCGCAGUGCCAGAUCGUGGUGCAGAAGAAGGAUGGCUGUGACUGGAUCCGCUGCACAGUCUGCCACACUGAGAUCUGCUGGGUCACCAAGGGCCCGCGCUGGGGCCCUGGGGGCCCAGGAGACACCAGCGGGGGCUGCCGCUGCCGGGUGAACGGGAUUCCUUGCCACCCAAGCUGCCAGAACUGCCACUGAACUGCAGGGGGCUGGGUCCCAGUUUGCUGCGGGGCAGGGCUGGGCUUGGGGCUCUCUCCAGUUUCUGCCUGUGUGCUUGGCAGAGGCAGGGCCCCACAGAGGCCGAGGCCCAUGAACUGUGUGGACGGCCUCGUCUGCUGGACGCUCUGCGCUGCUGCGUCCAUGGUCAUAUCUGCCCCAAUGCCGUGUGCUUCCCCUGGGGCUCUCUCCCUGUGGCUCCCCCCCGCCGGGUCCCAGCCCCUGGCCAGAGGCCUCACCGGGGGUGGUCUCUGGGCACCGCCUCCUCACUCUCACUCCUGCCAGCCACUCUCACCCGCGGAGCACUGAGCUCACGGCCCCCUCCGCUCUCAGCUUUCUGGGCAAGUUUUCUCUGCCUUUGCUGUGGGAGGCCUGGGCUUAGAACUCCUGCUAACCUGUUCAGAGCCAGUAGGGAGCCUGGGCAGUUUUGAAAGCACAGCCCGUCGGGUCCAGCUCCGGCUCGCUCUGCACUGCCUGUAUAAGCUAAUAAAAGUGGUUUUCCAGGAA